AUGAUGCGAAGCCUCCUUCACAUCGGAACACCGUAUCCAGGUUCGGCUUCCAGACCAACUUCGACAAGGCGUAUCCCAAAACUCCCUAGGCUUUGUGACACCAAACCGAAGCAUGUUAUAUUUGGACCGCCUUUCGACGAUGCCGAUGCAGACGUUGUUCUUCGGUCCUCUGAUAACGUCGACUUCUACUUUCACGGAGCCCUUUUGUCCCAAGCCUCACCGUUCUUUGAAUCGAAACUAUCUCUCUUUCAGCCGUCUCCUGUGUCUUCCGAGUCAGACUCCGUCUACGAAACUCAUCCCUCUAGCGCUUUCAAUCCUCUGGUCGUCCAUGUCUUACUUGAGGAGAAUAGCUCUGUUGUGCACGUUCUGCUUUCUAUGUUGCUCGCCGACGGUGCCACUCUGUCCCCAGAUCAAGAUGUAGGAAAAGAGGAUCCCUUCGCGGGAGACGACAUCGUCCGCCCCACGUCCCUGGGGGACGCCUUGACCUUGAUCAAUGCCGCAGCUAAAUACGACAUGACAACCGUCUUCUCGAGGGCCCAAUCAUUCCUAUGCGAAUUCUUGACCCUCGACACCUGUGUCCCUAUCUACGCCACUGCACAUCGCUUCAACCUCCACCACGAAACUCUCUCCGCCGCCCGUCUCACGCUACAGCUCCCUCUGUACGACGUCAACGAGUACUUUAUCUCCUGCGAUCCCUCAUGGGCCUCCGAUCCCGCUUACUCCGAUAUCCGAAAGUAUCGUAUCGCUUACGCCUCCGCAAUGGAGCGCCACCUCCCUAAAGUGUUCGAAUCCUCCACAGAGCUCGAAAUCUGGGUCGCCCAUGCAGUCUGCCAAGGCUCUCCCUUCGAACGACGCCGGUGCUCCAACACCGCCGAAGCAUGGCGAGAGACGUUCAGCAUCGGUGCACGGAGGAUGGUGGAGGACUUAUGCCGAUCUGCGCAGCGUGCUAGUUCGCCUAGUUGGAGUUUUCCGGUUGCGUCUGGGCCGGGUGCUGCGCCUUGUUUGACUUGUGUGACUUGUUAUGCGUUGAGGAGGAGGGCGAAGGAUGUGGAGGGUGAGUUGGUGGAGGUUGCGAGGAGGAUUGUGAGGGUUGAGGUUGUGCCUAAGAUUGACGUGAGGGGUAUCUUCCCUGACUUUUGA